AUGUCUUCAUCGCUAAAUGUUGAAAAUAAUCAAAACAAUUCAACUGCGCCACCUGGAUGGAAUGACCCUCCACCUACAAUUAAUCAAUCUAAUUUAAAUAGUCGAACACAUUUACACAAGCUUAGGAGGCCUGUUGAUCCAUCAAUUCAGGGUUCAAAUUUCAACACACCAGAAAAGGAUUUUUCUCUUUCUCCUAAUAAUAACUCCCACUUUCACCAAUCAAGAUCAUUUCCUCAGCUUACAAAGCCAGAAUUAAUACAAGGUUUGGGGACUCAUCCAGGGUCGGCAUUCACUCCAACUUCUGCUGGAUCGCUUCUUUCGAGUGCAAAUUGUUCGUCACCUUCGAUGUCGAUGAGACACUUUACUGAUACUUCUCACGGGACUAUACCUCCUCCUCCUCCUGUAAUUCUUCCUGCUCCGCAUUCUCAGCUCAAUAUACAACAAUUAACGGCUAAUUCUUCACAAUCUAUGGCCCCUAAUUUGCCUCAACCUUUACCACCGUUUCUUCAAUCGAUUCCCACAGCUGAUCUGAGUGCUACAGCCAUUCUUUCUCAUCCCAACCAACAGAGUUGUGUCCCUCCAUUUUAUCAUCUACCUGUAAAUGGACAAAUAGAUUUAUUAAGUCAACAACAAACUGUUUCGGAAAUGCCAAGUAUUACUACAAUAAUGACGGGAGAAGAAGCUACAACCCAGUCAAUUGGCCAACAACCAAUGAUUUUUUCACCUCCAAAUAUUGUUCCACAAUGUCGACCGACAACACAGCCAAUUCCAACAGAUUAUAGGACUCCAAUAAAAGCAGCAGGCGAUGUUUCGCUUAGUGGUCCACAAUUAGCAGCAUUUUUAACAAAAGCUGCCCUUCUUUUACCACAGGUUCUUUAA